AUGGUGUUGACAAAAAAUCCAUCGAAAUACCUGCGAACUAUAACUAGUUAUAGAAAGCCCGGGCCUUUAAGUGCUAACCAAGCCGGUCCAUCAAGUGCCGGACCGAGUAUUAUUGUACCAGAUACUCCAGGCCCGACGUCUACAGUUCCCCAUACUUGUGUGGACAUCAAUGGCGUACGCCGAGUCCCGAUAGGUAAAGGCAAAGCCAAAACUCGGCUCAGGAAGGCGACGGUGCCUAAGCGGCGUAGUGGAAUCACUGUUCCACGGGUCCCGCCGCCACCAGAGACUAUCCCGAGACGUCAGAAACGCAAAAACCGGGUACUAAAGGACAUUAAGUACCUCCAGAAGACCACCCACACCCUAAUUAAAAAGUUACCAUUCCAGAGAUUAAUCCGCGAAAUCGCCACAGACAUCCUGUUCGGCCUCCGUUUCCAAUCGGCGGCCAUAUGA